AUGAGCUUCUCAGUUGAUACAGAGGAACUUCGUCGAAUUUUGAGGCAGGAUAGGCAGUUGAGAUCAAAACGACCAGCAGCGACCAAGGAGGGUGAGAAUGCAAGAGCAAGUGUCUCCUCUGUGACUCUUGUCAGCUACGAUGAGUUCAUCAAAUCACGAACGACAGCGUUUCAGCACAGCAACAGCAACAGCGAUAGUAAAAGCAACAGCAACAGCAACAGCAACAGCAACAGCAACAGCAACAGCAACAGCAACAGCAACAGCAACCAUCUGAAGGGGGUGAAUCACAACGAUUCUGCAUCGCAUUUAUCCCUCAAGGCGAGACAAGAGGAGCAAGUCAACGGAAGUGCAGGAAAGACUUUCAAGCAAAGUUUCUUAGAGACAGGGAGCAAGUUGACUGCGGGGACGUACCGAGUCACGGAGAGGGAAGAGGCAAAGGAUCCAGAAGCAGCAGGGAAGUCGAGCGUAGGCAAGAGAGAGCACGGAGGUUCUGCGAGAGCCGCCAAGCAAGUUCUCCAGGUGUUUCAAAGUUUCUUGCCUAAGAGUGAGGAUGAGGAGGAUGAGGAGGAGAAGAAAGGCGAGAAGGAUCUUUGGCGUGGUCGUUCCUAUCCGCAGCAGCAGUACCAGCAGUGGAAGAAGGAGGAGGCAGAGGAGGUCAAGGAGGAGGAGGUCAACGGGAAGGUCAAGGAGGAGGAGGUCAACGGGAAGGACAAGGAGGAGCAGGAAGACUUCAUUCCUCCUCCGCUCUCUCAUGCUCGCAACUGGAACCUCAGCCCUAUAGAGCGUCGGUCUCGCAGCCCCGACAUGACCGCCUACAAUCCUUCCUCCCGCCUCACCACCCAUCGAUUCUCCAGCCCUCCAGGCGUCGACGACGAGGGCAACGACCGUCACAAUGGCCGCGCAAGCAGCAGAGGGCUGGCAGGACGCGGACGAUCGACGCUCGCCGCUGCUCUUCGCGGCUGCCUCGUGCGUCGACGGAUGAGACUUCCGGCAGCAAAGCAGAUCAUGGAGAAGAUCCGAGAGGCAAACAGGCUGCACCUGGAGAUGCAGGAGGAGAUGGAGGCAGGGAGCGCCAACGAGGUCGAAGUUCAGAUCCUGAGGCAGCUGGAAGGGACGAGGAUCGCUGCUGUCGACGAGCUCUCCCACUUCCUGCUUCACCCAGACGUCGCUGCGGCCCUCAGCAAGCCUACCAACAUGAGGAAGGACAAGUCCUUUCUCCGCAAGGGGCAAGGGCGAGUUGCUGUCCCCCUGGACAAGUUCAAGGCGUCAGGAGCUGUAGAGCCUUCCAAGGAGGGGCAGGUGAGCGGCAAGGGCAGAGACAGGAAGCCAGGAAAGUCUCGUGCUGAGGAGGAGGAACAAGAGCCUGCAAGGCAAAGUCUCCCUCCCCAGCAGAGCAACAGAGCUGAUGUUGAGAUUUCCAGUAAGCCGCAAACAAGGCAUGAAGCGGCAGAAGAGCAAGAGACGCCUCCGCCCCCCCCAAACGUGCGCGAGCUACGUGGGCAAGUCAGUCUGAAGCACAUCGCGCGCAAGGAGGAGGAGGAGGAGGAGGAGACUGAGGCUCCUCCUGCUGCUACGUCGGGGUCUCAAUCUAGAAAGAAAGCGAAGCCGUACUUGAAGCGAAGGUCACAGACGGUCCUGACGAACAAGAAGGUAGACGUGAGUCACGUCAAGAGCAAGGUAGACGCCAAGUUCAAAUCCCGCGCAACACCUCAGGCUCCUCGUACCUUCCCACGAGACGAGAAGCUCGAUCCUCUCGUCGCCGCCUCCUCCCUGCUCCAUCGCAGCGACACGAGCGGGGGCAGCAGCCAUCGCUCUUACGGGGAUGAAGAGGCGCAACACGUCCAGGAGCAGCCCAGCAGCCACGUCUUCGCAGCUUCAGCUGCCAUCGCCGACCUGGAGUUCCUGCUGGAGCAGCUCCAUGACUCGUCCUUGGGCUACCUGGACGUUGACGGGCGGCUCCUCCCCCACCCCCACGUCUUCCCGGAAGAGCCCAGCAGAAUCCCUCGGCUUGUCAAAGACUCUGUGUUCUUCCGUGUGCUGAAUGACAGGGAGCGCGCUGCUGAAUGCCAGCUGGCAAAGUCGGCGUUGAGCUUGACAGGUCCAGACGCCCUCGCGUUUGAUCGGAUCGUGACAGACUGA